CCCUGUGAUUGUCAAUCUGAGUGCCUCCGUCUUUUGAUUGGACAAGUGUUUCUUCAGUGCAGAGAAAUGCAAAAGGGGAUGGGCACAUGCCCUGAGGCACCCUCUGGAUAAAUCCUGCCAUUGACAAAGGCUCACGCGGCUGAUUUAACCAGGACGUCCCCGGCUGACAUUCAAUCUCUGUCCAGCGCGCCAAAGACGAGUCUGCUGUUUGGAAAGGCUGCUGAGUUCCUUUGCAUCCUUCCCAACCCAGGAUUGGGUGAGCAGCCCUGUUGAACAUACUCCUGUCUUGCUGUUAUUGUUAAGCAGGAUGAAUACAGUCGAAGCCCUCCAGGCAACCUCAUUCUCCAGCCGAUCCUUGGAGGACAAGUUAAAAAUCAAGGAACUGGGACCAGACAAGCCACCGCUGGUGAUGCCACAAGCUGCAAGUGGCAGAGGGAAACAGUACACGAGGAAGUUCUCCCUGGAGUGGUACGAAAAGAAGAGAUGGCUCUGUGGCAGUUCCUCCAAAGACGCCUUGUUCUGCUUCCCGUGUCUGUUGUUUGGGGGUGAGAGGACCUGGACCCAGGUUGGAGUCAGGGAUGUGAAGCAUCUUGCGGAGAAGAUCAAGACGCACGAGGCUUCAAAGGCUCACAUCGACUGCUCCUUUCAGCUAGCAAUGUUGCGUCCACCGAGCCCUGCGGCGCACCGGGUUGAGGAUUCUGUGAAGCGCAACCCAGAGGUAGAGAACAACAGGUACGUCCUUUGGAAAAUCAUUGACUGCAUCCGAUUCUGUGGUGCUUUCGACCUAGCGCUGCGUGGCCACGACGAGACCGAAAAUCCGGGCAUGUUCAUCAGCGGUCUUGUAAGCCUGAUGGCAUCUGUUGACGUCGCCUUGGAGCUGCAGCUGCAGAGCGUGCCCAUGUUCAGAGACCUGUCGAAGAACCUCCUGAAUGAGCUGCUUGACUGCAUGUUCACGGUAGUGAGAGAUCACAUUAAACAGCAGCUGAAGAGGGCUGAGUAUGCCGCUGUUGAAGUUGAUGAUGUCGGCGAUGUUGCCGGCCACGUCCAAAACGUACUGAUUUUGUGGUACAUUGAUGAAGAGGGCUCGCUGGUGGAACGUUUCUACGGAUUCACGCAGAUGAAAGACUCUCGGCCCGAGACUUUCGCUGCGUUCCUGCUUCAGCAGCUGGCGGUGCUUUUUCCAGAGGAGGAGGACAAGAGCAAAGUCAUCGCUCAGAGCUACGAUGGGGCGAGCGUGAUGCGCAGUGAGCCCAUGGGAGUGCAGAAGAGAAUCAGGAACGUAUUCCCCAGCGCCCACUAUGUUCACUGCUACGCGCAGGACUUGGAUUUGAUCAUCCAACAAGCCACGUCCCAGAUCAAAGAAGUGAGAGUCUUCUUUUCAGAACUUUCGAGGAUGGCAGCGUUCUUUGCUGGGAGCCAGAAAAGGAAGGAAGCGCUGGAAACUUCAGUGAAAAGAAAACUCUUCAACAUCCAAACUGUAGAACUGGUGUUUGAGAAGAGAUGGGAAGUCAUUCGUUUUUUUCAGACGAUUGCAGACUGGGAGUCUGAUCAAGCCGCAAUCCUUGAGGCUAAGGGAUUUCUGGAAAUUCUGGAAAGAGACCGUGCCUUCCUAUACCUGUUGUCGCUGUUCUACAAAAUAAUGGUUUGUGUGCAUAUCCUCAACAGCGAACUCCAGGAGGCAGCCACCGAUUCAGGAGCAGUGAGGAGAGCGACCUCGGAUUUUGUGAAAGCUAUUGGUUCAAUCCGAGAGUCAGUUAGAGGCUUGUUCUGUGAGUUGCCUCCAGAAUCUCAGCUACCCAGAGACAAAUCUAAGGAGAUCCUGGUGGAAAUGGCAUCCGAAGUCUGCGGCAUCGUCAUCGCACAUAUGAACGAGCGGUUUGCUUUCACCAGUCACUUAUCGGCUGUGAUGCUGCUCACGGGGACGUUGUUUCCAGAACACCACAAGAGAUUCCCAAUAGAGGCGUUUCAUGAAGUUGUAGAGGCUUAUCCAACGCUGGAGAAGGAACGAUUCAGGUCAGAGCUGUCAGUCCUAUAUGUCAGGCAAGAAUGGUACGGCUGCGCAGACCCCUCCAUGCUCCUGAACGUGAUUUUGGAACAGAAUCUGAAGUCAGUUUUCGAGGAAGCGGUAAAGUUGAUGAAGAUCCUUACCACUACCCCCAUGCCAAUGACAGAAGCGCAGCGGGCAUCCUCGUCCCUGCAGAAGGUAAAGACUUUCCUGAGGAACACCGUGGUGGAAGACCAGCUCAGUGCUCUGGCGAUGCUGUCGCUUGAGAAGCAGAUGAUUCCAGACAUCCCAGACUUUAACAGCAGGACCAUUGAAGUUUUUGCCAACCUCAAAGAACGCCAGGCAGACUUUCUCUAGAAGACCUGAGAAGAAACGCUGCUUCAAACACCUGAACAGGUGGCUGAGACCACUCUGAAGGAAGUUGGUGAACCUCUGAGCUUUGCUAGAGCAGAACAAGGGAAACCUGCGGCCCUCCAGUUGAUGGUGGCCUCCAAUUCCCAUCAUCAUCCCAGGCCAUUGGCCUCGCCGGCUGGGGCUUAUGAAAAGCUGGAGUCUUGGAGGGACACAGGUUUCCCUGCCCUGUCCUAGGUUGUGUCCUUUCUGGAGGUGCUGUUUCUACGGAGGAGCUGAUCUCGCAACCACUGGCGGGUUUGUGUGUGGCAAAGAGAGCUGAUGGACUUGCAAGGAACACAUACGCGCUGAUAGAAGAACAAUGACCAUGAGAUGCCAGUGCUAAAGAUCUAUGCCAUUUUCUCACCUAGAGAAGAGCUUAAUCCAGGACCCAAUUCCUUUCCCCCGUUUUUUUUAAUACCAUAUCUAUCUAGGUGAUAAGUUUAUACUUCUAGUGAACUCUGGCCAGGGAAAGCUUCUGCCCAAAUAACUGUGUUGAUCGUCUAAGGUUUGUGCUUGUGUUGGCUGCAAAAAGGCUUAUGUGGCUGUCUCUUUGAAGUUCAUAUGUCUCUUAACCUUUGUGGUGCGUGGAGGAGCUGACUAGGUCCUAUUGGGCCAAUGGGGAAAGGAACGACUCUGAACGUUCCUGAGGUCCAGCCCAAAUGCUGCUGCCAAAAAGUAAGCGGAAUGGGCAGAAGAAAACAGAGCAAGAGAUGGAAGAUGUGUGACCUUUCAGAUGUCAUUGGAAUCCAGGCAACACGGCCAAUGGUCAGGCACGAUGGAGUUGCAAUUCAGGCUCCCCCACUCCCUGAACGAUGAGCCUGAGGGUUGUAUCCAACUGAGGGAAGAUCCAUGCCAUACAUUUAAAGCAAUUCAAUGCACUUUUAAAGCACAUGGCUUCCCCUAAAGAAUCCUGGGAACUCUUGUGUGUUAAAAGCAAUAUGACAUUGCUUUACAGUGCAGUGGGUAUUUGAAGUGAGAUUGUGCUGAGUAGCGAACAGCCUUGGACAGAGCCACACCAUACAUUUAAAGCACACUUGAUGCACAUUUAAAGUCCGCAUGACUUUCCCCCCAAAGAAUCCUGGGAACUGUAGUUUGUUGAGGGUGGUGGGA